AUGGAAACCCCGAAUGUUGACGCGAAGGAAGGCAAUCAAGUGAAUGGAGAGAAGCCUCCACCGCGAGUGUGUCCUAGGUGCACCUCUGAAAACACCAAGUUCUGUUACUACAACAACUAUAGCAUGUCUCAACCACGCUACUUCUGUAAGAACUGUCGUCGAUACUGGACUCAUGGUGGAGCUUUGAGGAACAUACCAAUUGGUGGAAGCUGUCGCAAAGCCAAGCGUCCAAGGAUAGAGGCACCACCUUCUGUUUCUCAGGUGGUUUCUGUUGAGAUCAACCAAGUGACUCACCAACCUUUCAUACAUGUUCAGGAAACCAACGAGUUUCUCGGAUCUUUUGGUGGUUCUACUUCUUCUUCUGCUGUUGUUGUUGGGAACCACUAUGGUUCUUUGCCUGAGAUCCAUGCUGAUAUGGUAACAAAUGCAACUCCAAUUCGAAGCUUUCGACCAAUGGAGACCUUAGACUUCUCUGAAGGAUCAACUCGUCAGGAUUAUUAUGAUGUUGGAUCCAAUGAUUUGAUUGGUAAUCCUUUGAUAAACCAAUCAUUUGGUGGAUCUGUUGAUAUUCAUAACAGGUGGAACAAGAGCUUCACCAACACCAUGAACAUGAAUCACAUUGCCAGUACUAGUGGAGGCAGAGGAUCUUCAAGCAUUGAGAUGAACAGGAACAACAACAGAAUCAUAAACAAUUGUGUCAUUAGGUCCUACCAUUUGGAGAAGCAUGGUCCUUAA